AGGCGAUUUGUUAAGCCAUUAUUUUAUUUUAUUUGGCGAUAUUAGAAUAGGCCAUUUGUUUGGUUUCCUUGCCAGCCGCCAAACCUUCCAUAUCAGGGUGGUGCUUGUGCAUUUACUGGCAUGUGUCCAUGCCCACAGGCCUCCCUUAAUUUACAGCCGCAUGUGCUCUCUCUACAUUUGCCUCUUCUUUGCUCGCUGCCUUUUUAUUUCUUCCCAAAGCGCCACCGAUCCUCUCUCCGCUACCUCCUUCGAUCUUCUACUCUCGCGCAAACACUCGGCUUUGAAUCAAUUGCUUGCAGCGAGCGAGUAAACCUCUGUGAUGCCAUGAUAAUUUCUCCCCACCAUCCAGCAGCUGACCUCUCGCAAUGGACAGGCAGCAGCAGCGUCCGCAUGACGCGUUGACCGGCCGUCGGACCGGCGGCGGCGGCUCCUCCUCGAUGUCGCGGCGCCAGGGCCGGUUCCACCACGGCGGCACCGACAGCGACGACGACGGCCCGUCUUCGUCGUCCUCUUCCGCGCCGGUGGUCGACCACGCGGAGUGCACGGCGCGGUCGUGCCGGACGUGCGUGGCUGUCUCCCUCGCGGACUGCAUCGCGCUGGGGUGCUGCCCGUGCGCGGUCGUCAGCCUGCUGGGGCUGGCGCUCGUCAAGGCCCCGCUCGCCCUCGGCCGGCGCUGCGUGCGGCGCCUGCUCCGGCGCCGCGGGAGGCUGCGGCAGAAGAAGCGCGUGCGCGACGACAUGGUAGACCACCUGGCGCUCGCGGCGGACGGCAAGCGCGCGGGCCACGCGGCGCCUGCCGACGAGGAGGACGACGUGGCGGUUGCAGCGGCGGCGGCGGCCGCGAGCGACGCCGACAGUGUGUGGCUGGAGAUGUACCAGGUGGGGCAGUGGGGCUUCGGCCGCUUGUCUUUCUCCGUGAACCCGCCCCCGAAGAACGGCGACGGCGACGGCUGCGAGAGCCACGUGUGAUGACGACCUGGCCAAACCGCCAGGGCUCCUGCCCUUCCAGUUUGGUCUGUACUGUCUGUCGCUGCCACGGCAGCACGGACGCCGGCGGCAAUUGUCAUCCCGGCCGGCUUUUUCUCUCCCCAAAAGCAGCUCGGGGCGCCGAUCUCAAGCACAUGAUCCAACGCCAAAUUGGUUGGGGAUGCUUGGAAGAAGCGGCGGAAUGUUGUCUUGCUGGUAGUUCAUGUGCCCCAGAACUAGAACAGAACAUUUCGAUGCACAAUGGAGAAACCGGGAGCUGGUCUUCUCUCUGGUGGCGCAGCUCCUACCUGAUGUUCAUCUCUCCUCUUCUUCUGUGUUCACUGGUUUGUGGGAGCUCCAUUUGUACUGUAGCCAAUUGUACAUAAUUUAUAUGCCUUCGAGGUCCCUGGAUUCCUCUUCUGGGAAUCUGUGUAUAUAUAUUUCCCCCCUGGGCAUGAUUAA